GUUGUCAUAUGUCGCGCUGGUCAGCUGGGCCCUGCAGAAGGACACGCCUCUGGGCUGAAUGGAGUGCUCCGUGCGUAAAGUCCGACCUGCAGCGGAUCCAAACUUUUCUAUUUCUGAGUGGAUUUAAAGAAAUACCUAGCCGACGCCACUGAACGGCUCGCGGUCGACUAAAUGCAGCGAUGACUCGAGAGGAAGAUCUCAUCCGGAUUGCAAAAAAGCUGGACAAGAUGGUGUCUAGAAAUAACACGGAAGGCGCCAUGGACCUGCUGAAGGAACUGAAAGGUUUCAGUAUGACACUGAAACUUCUCCAGGAAACAAGAAUCGGCAUGUCUGUGAACGGUAUCAGGAAGCACUGCACAGACGAAGAAGUCAUCGCCUUGGCGAAGGUCCUCAUUAAAGACUGGAAAAGACUUCUGGACUCUGGCCAUUCUCACUCCGAGAAGCCGUCUGAAACGAGGAACGGUUUGGACUCCAGCAAAACGGCGGCGUCUCCGAGCAGCUCGCCCUCACAGAGCAGUCACAGGACGCUGGAUGCCAAACCAAAACACGACUCCGAUCCCGAAAAAAAACACCCUGAUAAAAGCAGGAAAGAAAAACGGAACGAGGAACACAAAAGGAGACACGCCGACGACCUCCGGGAUGAGAAGCAGCGGGGGGACCUCCAAAAUGUGAAACAGCAAGAAGUCAGGAAAGAGAAACAAGCACCUGCAGAAAUUCCCAAAGUGGAGCUCGAUAACAAGCCGCAGAAGCACGCGCAAGACCUGCAGAGCGAGAGGAACAAGCCAGAGCCGCAGAAGAAAGAAAAACUGCUGGAGGAACCUAAAAGAAUUAAACACGCAGAAGAGCUGAAAAGAGAGAAACACCCGGAAGAGCUCAAGAAGCACAGGAGCACAGAAGACGCGAAGAAAGACAAACACCGAGAAGAAGGCAGACCUGAGAGGCCAAUCUCCGCACCGCAGCGGGAGAAACCCGCAGAUGUUCACAAACCGCUGUUUGAAAGGAGAGGAGUGCUGGACAGCAGCAUUCUAUAUCCUACCCGGUGCCCCUCUCCUCGACCUUCCCGGCCUCCACUGCCAACCAAACGUCCCGCUCCGGACGUGAAGAAAGACAGGAAGGACAGUAAAGACUCCAAACCUCCUCACGCUCCUCCGCCCGCAUCUCCACCGCCUAAGCGGCCGUCGGUGGAAGUAAAGAAAGAGAGGAAGCUCCCAUCGGAUCCGAACGCUCCGAUUGCUCCCCUUCCUUUUCAUCUCCAUCCUCCUCCGCCCAGAAAAGAGCCACCUGACCCCAAUGCUCCACUUCCUCCACUCCCUCUUCACCUCCACCCCCCUCCUCCCCUUCCCUCUGCCGCGAAGCGCCCCUCGCUGGAUGGGAAAAAGGAGAAAGACAGGAAGUCAUCAACGGACUCGAAGCCACCCCCGCAGAAAAAGACGGCAGAUCAUGUGAAGAAAGAAAGGAAAGACUCGGUGGAUGGCAAAGUGUCAAAAAAGCACCCCGAUGAGGACAAGAGAGAAAGGAAAGACUCCCCCGACUCUAAACCACCUCUUCCCAAAAAGCCCAGUUUGGAGGUCAGAAAAGAAAAACACAGGAAGGAUUCCUGUGACUCGAAGCCUGGGCACCCUGUGAAACGCCAUUCGACUGACGGCAAACCUGACAGGCGAGAAUCCAGCGAUUCGAAGAGGAGCAGCUCACCGCCAGCUAAGAAGCUAACAGGUGAAAGGAGAGAGUCUCAUGGCUCAAAGGCUCCUCAGCCUGGACCGGCACAGAGGAAGCCCUCCACUGACAGCUUGGAAAGAAAGGGCCGAAUCGAAGCCCCUAAAACUCCCACCACCCCGACCAGCCCGAUGUCCCCCAGCUUCAGCUCUGCCGGGGGUCCGCUGUCCCCUCACCUGGCUACCGGAGACACCGUUAGAGACAAGUGCAUCGAGAUGCUGGCGGCAGCCCUGCGCACAGACAAUGACUACAAAGAUUUUGGAGCUAACUGCGACGGCAUGGCAGCGGAGAUUGAAGAUCAUAUCUACCAGGAGAUAAGGGCCACUGAUAUGAAAUAUAAGAACAGAGUGCGGAGCCGCAUCAGCAACUUGAAGGACCCCAAGAACCCCGGGCUUCGUAGAAAUGUGCUCGCGGGAUCCAUUGAGUUGAGCCGUAUUGCCAGCAUGUCUGCUGAGGAAAUGGCCAGUGACGAACUGAAACAGCUGAGGAACGUUCUCACCCAGGAGGCCAUCAGGGAGCACCAAAUGGCCAAAACCGGCGGCACCACCACCGACCUGCUGCAGUGCGGCAAGUGCAAAAAGAAGAACUGCACCUACAACCAGGUGCAGACUCGCAGUGCUGACGAGCCGAUGACCACAUUUGUCCUGUGCAAUGAGUGUGGUAACCGCUGGAAGUUCUGCUAAUGCCUUCGAGGUGAAACCACAUUUAUAUAUAUAUAUUUUUUUUUCCUGAGCAUUUUGAAUUGCUUAUUUUCUUUUUAUAAAUUAUUGCAGCUAGUGAUUUGAACAGAUAACCGCGUUCCCACGAUUCUUACUUGAAAUUUUGACAUUUAUAAUAAGCAUGUGCUAAUAAUUAGGGUUUGCCUUAAGUGGAUUUGACGACUGAGCAUGAAUGUCAGUUUGAUGACGGAGACAUUGAAUCACCCCACCUGUAACUCAUCAGUAAUGAUCACGGUGCUGUCUUGGUAAAGAGACUCAUAAUCCAGUUAAUAUGCUGUGUCAUGUUACAGCUGUUCACUUUGUAAAUAUCUAAUUCCAAUAAACCUGCGUACAUCAUC